ACUGACUCAUGAUAAAUUGCCGCCUUGUGACUCUGUUCACAAGCAGCACAUUUAUUAUCAUUCAUCAGACAUCAAUAAUUGCGACAUAAUACAAUACGGGAUUGUUGACGAGGAUCAGCAAGAGUGA